CUGGCCAUAACAACCAGAAUACAAGAUGGCGGGUGCCGACGGUGAUGAUUCUCUUUACCCUAUUGCGGUGCUUAUUGACGAAUUAAGAAAUGAAGACGUUCAGUUGCGGCUGAACAGCAUUAAGAAGCUCUCCACCAUUGCCCUGGCUUUGGGCGUUGAGAGGACACGCACUGAACUUCUCCCUUUUCUCACAGAUACGAUCUACGAUGAGGACGAAGUGCUCCUUGCUCUUGCUGAACAGCUGGGCAACUUCACCAUGCUGGUCGGAGGCCCUGAAUACGUGCACUGUCUCCUUCCGCCAUUGGAGAGCCUGGCAACAGUGGAGGAGACUGUGGUGAGGGACAAAGCUGUGGAAUCACUGCGGAAGAUCUCCCAUGAGCACUCGCCUGUGGACCUGGAGGUGCACUUCGAGCCCCUGGUAAAACGCCUGGCCAGUGGCGACUGGUUCACCUCGCGCACUUCAGCUUGCGGUCUCUUCAGUGUCUGCUACCCGCGGGUUUCCAGCACUGUCAAAGCUGAGAUUCGCCAGCACUUUCGUAACCUUUGCUCUGAUGAUACUCCGAUGGUCCGCCGUGCUGCUGCGUCUAAGCUGGGCGAGUUUGCCAAAGUGUUGGAGUUGGAUUAUGUCAAGAGCGACAUCAUCUCUCUGUUCACUGCACUGGCUUCUGAUGAGCAGGACUCGGUGCGUCUCCUGGCUGUGGAGGCGUGUGUUAGCAUCGCCACGCUGCUGCCCCAGGAGGACCUGGAGUCUCUGGUCAUGCCCACUCUGCGCCAGGCUGCUGAGGACAAGUCCUGGAGGGUGCGCUACAUGGUAGCAGACAAGUUCUCUGAGUUACAAAAGGCGGUCGGUCCAGAAAUCACAAAGAACGACCUUGUGCCAGCCUUCCAGAACCUUCUAAAAGACUGUGAGGCUGAAGUGCGUGCCGCUGCUGCCAAUAAAGUCAAAGAAUUCUGCGAGAAUUUACCGGAAGACAGCCGAGAGACGAUCAUCAUGAAUCAUAUUCUUCCCUGCGUCAAGGAACUGGUUUCAGACACGAAUCAGCACGUCAAAUCGGCUCUGGCCUCUGUGAUCAUGGGUUUGUCCACCAUCCUGGGCAAGGACAACACCAUCGAGCACCUGCUUCCUCUCUUCCUCGCCCAGCUCAAAGAUGAGUGUCCAGAGGUGCGUCUGAAUAUAAUCUCUAAUCUGGACUGUGUGAAUGAGGUCAUUGGGAUCCGGCAGCUCUCCCAGUCUCUCCUCCCUGCUAUUGUAGAGCUAGCAGAAGAUGCCAAGUGGAGAGUGCGGCUAGCCAUCAUUGAAUACAUGCCACUUCUGGCCGGCCAGCUGGGUGUGGAGUUCUUUGACGAGAAACUGAAUUCCCUGUGCAUGGCGUGGCUCGUCGACCAUGUAUACGCCAUCCGAGAGGCAGCUACCUGCAACUUGACGAAGCUGGUGGAGAAGUUUGGUGCAGAGUGGGCUCAGAACACUAUCGUACCCAAAGUGCUGGGAAUGGCCAACGACCCCAACUACCUGCAUCGUAUGACCACGCUCUUCUGCAUCAAUGCUCUGUCAGAGGCGUGCGGUCAGGAGAUCACCACCAAGCACAUGCUCCCCGUCGUCCUGAAAAUGUCCAACGAUCAGGUGGCUAACGUGCGCUUCAACGUGGCCAAGUCUCUGCAGAAGAUCGGUCCUGUUCUGGACAGCAACUCUCUGCAGACUGAGGUAAAGCCGGUGUUGGAGAAAUUGGCUGCAGACCAAGACAUUGACGUCAAAUACUUUGCCCAAGAGGCCAUAAGUGUUCUUGCCUUGGCCUAAUGGAGCCCGUGCUGAACUCCCCAUCUCAAGCUGACCUUCACCACCAUUACCAUCCAGGAUCAUUCUCAUUGGACUGUUAAGAUAGGAGGCGUGUUGUUUGUCCCUCUGGUAUGGACGUGUGGGAGAGGAAGCUCUGCUUUUCUCAGUGUUUAGGUUUGACUGUGCGUCUCCCCCUUUCUUUAUCUCUCUCUCUGAGCCUCGAUUGAUCCUGAACAUCUCACUCACUCACCCUGCAGUUUGAAGGUGGUUGGAGAUGGGAUGUACAAAACACACACGUCACAGUACCUUUACAGUUAAUUAGUGUAAUCUCCCUUCACUGGCAGCACUUUUAAAUGUUGUCCUACUAAACGAACUGUUGUGACUUACUAGACUGUGUAACUGUCUUUUAGGAGGAACUUAUGAUGAUGACCUAGAAUUCCCAGUAAUAAUGCUACCCUUUCUAGUUUCCGAGUGCAAGCAUGUGGGCAGUAGUGAUUCGGAGCUUGCAUGGCUUGCUUGAGUCUAGCCCCGUGCAUGUCCGUGUCUGGACUGAUAGAACUGCUGUUAGCAUUUAGCAUCCAUGUCUCACUUCGCUGCUAAUGAUUCUCAAGCCCUGGUUCCUCAAAGCGUUGGCUGAAUUGUUUCCAUACUACGCAAUGCUAUCAUAUUCCAGCUCUGUCAGAAAUUUUAGAAGGAUUUAUUGCUUAUCCUUUCAAAAGGGACCAUUUAUAAAUAUUUUCCUCUUGUUGCAGUAAUCCAGAGGACAGUAGUUCCCAAUGUAUGAAUCACAACGUUCUCUGCUAUUCUGUGCCAUCAACCAUACUAAACCUCUUCCAAAAAAAAAAAAACCCCUUCCCUUGUGUGUUUAUAUUAAACUGAUCGAUGUAGUGCUUUGAUCCUUGAUUCCUCAGCUUCUGCAUGACCCUCCUUGCUCAAAGGUGAACUCUGCUGCAGUAGGGAGAGCUUCAUUAGCAACAGGAUAAACGUUAUGGGUCAAAUCCACUUUUAAGCAACACGCUCUCAGUUUAAUGUGGUUGCUUUGCCAAUGGAACUUUCCUCUUCAGCUUCAGAAAACGGUCUGCAGCCCCCUUUCGUCGUCGUGAAUCGUCGUCAGAAUGUGCUUUUGGUUUUAUAUGAACGUCAACUCAUGCUGUCCUUUAACGGCGCAGAGAAUCAAUAAAGAAUCUGACACAAACCA